AAUAUGGAGGACCCUCCGCGGGAACGCGCAAAUGGAGGGGUAGUGUGUAGGGAUAGUGUGUAAGGGGCAGUUUGGGAUUCAGCCUGCGUGUGGGUGGCGAAGGGGGGUCAAGUCAUCAGCCAAUCAAACACACGUUUGAUUGGACCGGCACAUUCAGCAAGUGAAAAGGGGUAAAUGUAAGUCUGAACCUGGUCUGAACAUAAUGAAAAUAAUUCACUUAUUAAUGGUAGGGUCAAUUCUAUCCUUACAACAUAUGGGAAGACAAUCAAAAUUACCUAUAUAACUGAACUCAUUAUAUAAUGCAAAUAAGGUUUCUUAAAAGUUGGUGGGGACAAUUUGACCCUCUUGAAAAGUUGGUAGUGUUAUGUCCCUACCGUCCCUAUGCAAACCUAUGCCCUUGGGUAAAAUGACUUAAUGACAGCUCCCCCUAUAAAACUUCCCUUAGGUGUUCUUUAUAUCAGGUGUCAUCAAUGUGCACCAGGUUUAGUAGACACACGCAUCACAUAUAGACAUACAAAAAACACAAACAGAAACUAGAGGUGCCGUGAUAUAAAUUCAGUAACCUCCAUGAUGUAGUGCUUAUAUAUCAUCACGUCAGGCAAUAUACUACUGUAUAUUAAGGAGUUGCUGAAAUAAUUUUUGCAUUAUUCUAAGCCAAUCAGUUCUGUAAUAAUUCACUAGUUUUUCAUCCCUGAUAUUUAAACUUCCAACUGUUCAUCCAUCAGAAAAUGUCUGGCUUUUAUUUUGAAGGCCCACUUGCCUGCCUUUUAGUCCAGACCGGGCGGAUUAUCUGUAACUUGACGCAGCAGAGACCAGUGUGGACAAUGACGUAUAUAUAUAGCUAUAUAUAUAUACACGUCAUUGAGUGUGGAUUUCACUGAGGUUUAUAUUUCCUUGAAGUGACGUCUCUGAGCAGAGAGCAGAUCUGUGGACCGAUCCAUCCACAUGUUUUAUACAGCAAUGAGGCGUUGACAGCAGGGGGCGGGGCUAUAGGUCAGCUGACAGUGGGGACUCCCUGCAGGAGUCACCUUGCACUUUGAAACACUGGAGAUCCCCCAAGCAGCACCGUCUGAAGGAGAAGACAAAUAAAAACAGUGAUUGAAUUUCUCUGAGGGGAUCUCUGUGCAUAUUGUUGCAUAAAGACACAUUUAACACCACCGUGUUAGGCUAUAAUGUCAUCCAGGACCCCCAUUUGUUCUAGUUGUCUCAUUUUCGUAUCAAUUAUAAAGGCAGGUGUUACAGAUUUAUUUAACUUAUCGUUUGUUAUAUAAAAACACAGAGUGCUGUUCAGGGCAGUGUCCACUAGAUGGCAGUGCUGUUCAAGAAAUGACCUCAGUUUAAAAUGUUCAGCUGGUGGAUCCAUUCAGGCUUUUUUUUAGUCAGUUUGAAAGAAUCACAUGUAGCACCACAUAAUAUUGCUGUUUAGAUUUAGUACUGAACUGCAUAGAGGACAUUUACUGAACAUCAUCCAUAUCUAUUAUGAUUUCCUGUUGUCAGACACUGAGGUAGUGAUGAAAUAUAUCCACAUUAGUUACACAGAGUCCUGGUACAUCUUCGUAAUCCCCCUGAAUCCUACCCAGACACUGGUGGCCCCUCAAGGCUUUAAACCCACUUCAGAAACUGCAGGGCCCCUGUCCCCUAAUGUCUCCCAGGGGAGUGCUUCUCAAUCCUUCAAAGGUCCUGUUGGUUCGGGUUGGAACUAAUGAUUUUCUUUCAGUUGACUGAUAAGUUUUUGGUCAGAAAAUGGUUUUAAAAAGUAGAUUUUGAUUGGUGUUUCCCAAACUCAUAAAUGUUUAGAAUCAUUCAGAUUACUGAUAUAGAAGGGAAAGAAACAAGAAAAUAUUGAUGUUUAAGAAGCUGGAAUCAGAGAAUUUUGACUCUAGGCGGUUCAUUGAUUAUGGAAAGAGUGAAUUAAUUAAAUAGCCCACAAUAUCAACGAAUUGAUGAAUUUAGUUGCAGCUCUACUCUGGAUGUCCUGUCAUGCUCCUGUGCAAUACCUGCUGCUCACUAACAUCCUAUCAGGGACUGAAAGCACCACUCCAACAGUCCCUACUCUAGUCCCCCUGAGAGGUCUGUAGAGCACAAUGCCCCUUGAGCCACCAGGAUAGAGCUUGAAUAACAUUAAAGACCCGUGAAAUCCCUCAGGACCCCCAAAACCAAUCCCAGUUACCCUGGAGCUUAUACACAGACACUUCACCAUGGAGACUCUUUAGAUGUCUCAAGCCCGGGAAACUCCUCUCAGACCCUCUGAAUCCUCUCAAACACUCGUGGAACUUCCUUCAGGAACCUCCAGAAGCACAUGUACCGUGCUCUCCUACCUUAGUAAUUUUCCCUCAUGUAAAUCCCCUUGAAUAUUUUUUUUUCACUUGUUGAAUUGGAGAAACUGGUUUUAAAUAGGAAGUAACACAAUAAUUUAAUCCAAAGCUGGCAGAGUUCACAGGACUAUUGUAACAAGAUGCUUUUGUUUAAACAGUGCUUGAAAUAAUAAUAUUUGCCUAAAUGUGAUUCUGUUAUGUUGUGCUUUUAUUUAUUUAUUUUUUAAAUUAAAAAAUAUUAUCAAGCACAUUUUUAGGUCAACAAGCUGAAAAGCUUAACCAUCUCUCCAGACACUUAAAUGAAUCGUCCAGCCCACAUGCAGCCCUAAAAUAACUGAGCUGCGCAUCAGUCCUUAAACACAGCACCGGUGCGCUCUGGUGCAGCUUCUCGUUCCCACAGCAGAGGAAUAAACAGCAACAGGUUGGAGUCGUGGAAGUUUCUGCACACUGAUCUGAUUUUAUUUUCUGUAAAGGUUUGCAAAAGUCAGAAGGUCUGAUUGAUGUAAAAAGUAACUCAGAGGCUUAGAUAAGCUUCGCCAGUGUAGUUUUUUUUUCUCAAGAUUUGCAUGCAGACCUGAAAGUUUAGUUUACUUUAACUUGGAUGCUUUGAAGGGACUGACCCUCCAGAUAAAUCAGUGACCAAAAAGACAAAAGAAUCAGAGCUUCAUCACAGACUAUACAAGCUGCCACAGAGGAUUAUUUCGCGCUCUUCGGGAUGUUUUCCACGACUCUCCUCCUGGCGACGCUCGGCGUUUUUGCGCACUUGUACACUUUUACGCACGGCUGCCAGCUGCCCUCGGAGUGGCGGCCGCUGAGUGAGGGCUGCCGGGCGGAGCUGGCGGAGAUCAUCGUGUACGCCCGGGUCCUGGCGAUCCACCGGGAGCCGCUGGGAGCUGGGGCGGGCAGCCUGUAUAACUCUCUGCCCGUUGGGUUCGGGUACGGGUACGAGGGCGCAGAGGAAGGGCUGCUGUACUCGGCAGAAGUGGAGCUGCUGUGUGACCAAGCCUGGGGCAGCAUGUUGGAGGUGCCCACUGGAUCCAGACUCAACCUGACCGGGCUGGGCUACCUGUCCUGUCAGUCCCACACCGUGAUGGAGAACUACUCCUACUUCUUUUUCCUCAGGAUGGAUGAGAACUACAACAUCCUGCCUCAUGGUGUCAACUUCCAGGACGCCAUUUUUCCCGACACGACCGAGAACAGACGAAUGUUCUCCAGCCUCUUCCAGUUCUCCAACUGCACCCAAGGGAGCCAACCGUUCCACACGUUCAGCCCCGAGUGGGACACCCAGGAGGACAGCAGGCUGCUGUGCUCUUCGGUGCAGGCGGCGCUGUUUGAGGAGGAGGAACAAGGCCGGAAGCUGCAGGAGCGUCUGGCCGCGGCCGAGAGGAGGAACCGGCAGCUGAAGGAGCGCGUUCGCAAGGUGAAACGCUCCCUGAGGAACGCCAGAAAGGCAACACGCAAGGCCGAGCAGGAGGCCCAGGAGCUGCAAGAGAGGCUGAAGGCUGCAGAGAGGAGGACAGGGCAUCACCUCAACGCCAUAACGCAGGAGGAACCUCCACGGGGCCGCUACACAAGUGCAGCAAUACGCCAUAGGAUGCAGCUUUAACUCACUUGUUGGAACCUGCAGCACUCACCUGGACUGAAAACUGGCUGUGGAGAUGGAGAGACUGCUGGGUGGUCUCUAUGCAAAGGACAAACAAAUGUUACACACAAGUAUGCACACUUUAAAGUAAUAAUCUACAUAGUUUUCAUGUAAAUAAACCACGAUCUCUCUCUUGUAUCAAUAAUGGUUAUGAUACACUGAGGGUGAGGUGAUUCCUGGCCAACUGACAGAAGAACAAAAGUUUCCUGAAAGGAGAACAUAUAUUUUCUGACUGGUUUCUCUUGCAGGCCUUUAUGACUGGAUUCAGAACUUGUUAAGCUCCUGCCUGGCCGUGAUCACAUGUGAUGUGUUUGACUGCUCUGACACUGAGCAGGACUCACAGCAGCAACAGGGGCUUAUUGGAGUACAAAGUGCAAAUCAUUCCGUUUCCAAUUCAACUGUUGAUCCUCUAAAAUUUAACCAAAAACUAUCAAGAUAACAAGAAGAAAGAGUUUAGUGAAAUGAGCAUGACACCCCUGCCUGUAGUUACCAGGUAGGACACAAAUGAAGCUAUAUACUAUAUAUAUUGGAAGGUUAUAGAUGCAGUGUUUAAUGAUCAAAUGUCAAGAUAUAUCAGCUCUAAUUAGCUAAAAAAAAUAUAGCAGAACUUAAUACCCCAUUAAACAUACAGGUUCCUUGUUUUCUUGGUCUGAAUACAUAACCAAAAGAACUCUUACGAUUUCAUGUAAGAUUCAGUAACUGGAUUUCUGGCCACUUGGAGUACGCAGAAACAAGCUGUAAACACAACAAUGACACAUUUUCUAAACAAGUGAACAAACAGUUUCUUAUCUGCCAAAGACUGUAUAUAAAAGACGGAUGUAGCCAAAAUCACGUCACCAAUUGGUUUGUGGAGUUUGACAUUUAGCCGCCACCAUCGACAUCUUUGACACAGAUGUGAUGAGUUAGGGGUUGGACUCUUCGGAGUAGCCUGUGUUUGCAUUUUCAGGACUGUAUUUCUAGUACCUUGUUUUUCAUUAGUUCUGUUUUGAGCCAGAUAACAUCGUGAUCACUUGUUUACGCCAAAGAGGAGCUAGCUUUUGUAGCCCACAGAUACAAAUAAAGAAGAAGAAAAAAAGACAGUUUUAAGUGGAAUACUCAUUUAAACUUAUACCUUUUUUGUUAGAAAUGACAGUUUGGGUGAAAUAAAGCUUUAGAACUAUCAGUAAAUGGACAGAAAGUAGUAUUUUGUGUGGAAUAAACUUGUAAAACUGAAACUGCAGCCUCCUCUACUGCAGACACAAGAUACACACGUGGACAAAAUUGUUGGUACCCCUCAGUUAAAGAAGGAAAAACUCACAAUUCUCAUUGAAAUCACUUGAAACUCACAAAAGUAACAAUAAAUAAAAAUUUAUUGAAAAUUAAAUAAUCAAAAACAGCCAUUACUUUUGAAUUGUUGAUUAACAUAAUUAUUUAAAAAAACAAACAAAUGAAACAGGCCUGGACAAAAAUGAUGGUACCUCUAUAAAAGAUUGAAAAUUAUUUGACCAGAGUGACAUGAUUAACUCAGGUGUGUCAUUUAAUUGACAUCGCAGGUGUUUCCAAACUCAUAAUCAGUCAGUCUGCCUAUUUAAAGGGAGACAAGUAGUCACCCUGCUGUUUGGUGAAAAGGUGUGUACCACACUGAACAUGGACAACAGAAAGCGAAGGAGAGAAUUGUCCCAGGACAUCCGAAAAAAAAUUAUAGACAAACAUCUUAAAGGUAAAGGCUAUAAGACCAUCUCUAAACAGCUUGAAGUUCCUGUGACAACAGUGGCUCAUAUUAUUCAGAAGUUCAAGACCCACGGGACAGUAGCCAACCUCCAUGGACGUGGCCGCAAGAGGAAAAUUGAUGACAAAUUGAAGAGACGGAUCGUUCGAAUUGUAUCCAAAGAGCCCAGAGCAACCUCCAAAGAAAUUAAAGGUGAACUCCAAGGCCAAGGUACAUCAGUGUCAGAUCGCACCAUUCGUCGUUGUUUGAGCCAAAGUGGACUUCAUGGGAGACGACCGAGGAGGACACCACUGCUGAAAAAAACUCAUAAAAAAGCCAGACUGGAAUUUGCAAAAAUGCAUGUUGACAAGCCACAAAGCUUCUGGGAGAAUGUCCUUUGGACAGAUGAGACCAAGCUGGAGCUUUUUGGUAAGGCACAUCAACUCUAUGUUCAUAGACUCAAAAACCAAGCAUACGAAGAAAAGAACGCUGUCCCUACGGUGAAACAUGGAGGAGGCUCAGUAAUGUUUUGGGGCUGCUUUGCUGCAUCUGGCACAGGGUGUCUUGAAAGUGUGCAAGGUACGAUGAAAUCUGAAGACUAUCAAGGCAUUCUGGAGAGAAAUGUGCUGCCCCGUGUCAGAAAGCUUGGUCUCAGUCGCAGGUCAUGGGUCUUCCAACAGGACAACGAUCCAAAACACACAGCCAAAAACACCCAAGAAUGGCUGAGAGAAAAGCGUUGGACUAUUCUAAAGUGGCCUUCUAUGAGCCCAGAUCUGAAUCCCAUUGAACAUAUGUGGAAGGAGCUGAAACAUGCCAUUUGGAGAAGACACCCAUCAAACCUGAGACAACUGGAGCUGUUUGCUCAUGAGGAGUGGGCCAAAAUACCUGUUGACAGCUGCAGAACGCUCAUUGACAAAUACAGAAAUCGUUUAAUUGCAGUGAUUGCCUCAAAAGGUUGUGCAACAAAAUAUUAAGUUAUGGGUACCAUCAUUUUUGUCCAGCCCUAUUUCAUUAGUUUGUUUUUUUAAAUAAUUAUGUUAAUCAACAAUUCAAAAGUGAUGGCUGAUUUUGAUUAUUUAAUUUUCAAUAAAUUUUUAUUUAUUGUUACUUUUGUGAGUUUCAAGUGAUUUCAGUGAGAAUUGUGGGUUUUUCCUUCUUUAACUGAGGGGUACCAACAAUUUUGUCCACGUGUGUAUUAUUACUCUGACAAGGAACACGGUGGAGUUAUGUGACGAUCAGUGUUGGUUUCUCUGUCUGUCUGUCUGUUUGCGACAUUACUAAAAAACGAAUCAACAGAUUUGGAUGAAAUUUUCAGGGAAGGUCAGACAUGACACAAGGAGCAAGUGAUUAGAUUUUGGCAGUGAUGCAGCUUAUAGUCUGGAUCCAUGGAUUUGUUAGAGAUUUCUUUACCAUUGCGAGAUAGCGGCAUGGCGUCACUGUAACCAUGACAACAGGUGAACACUACAUCAGCUGCCUGCUGAUGAUCACAUGAUUGUGAUCCUACAACAAAUCCACCACUGUGGACUUAUCAGGACUUAUCCAUUGGAAAUUAUACAAGGAACAAUUGAUUAAAUUGUGGGGGUGUUUCUGAGUCCCAUCAAUUCCCGCCACUCACUACAUAUUUAGGUCAUUUGAUUCGGUAUCCAUACAUAAUGUACACAUGGAUAACACACGUUUGCACUCAGUGGAAGGUCAUUUUGUUUGUGGGUACAUCUGUAUUAAAUGGACACAGUCUAUGUUUCCGUGAUUUCUGAUCAUCAAUAACUAAUAAUCAAAAGCUGCAUUUCUACAAAAAAAUGCUGCAUCUCUGUCAAUGCCAUAUGAGGGAAUGAACAGCCUUGGUGGAGUACUGUGUACUCUGAGUGCUUUUCUUGUCUGCGAAUGUGACGACACCGAGCAUGUCCAUAUGGUAACAACCUGUCAGUCACAAGCCACGUCCUAACACAUGCCGUGCUUCAUCAGCUAUUUUCAUCUAAUUGUGACCAGAGUAAUGCGUUAUUGAAGUAGAUUUUAAACCAGCGAUCAAGGCCAUAAACUGCUGUGCAAAAUGCUUACCGAGGCAAUAAAUAUAUUGAGAAGUAGAGCCAUGUUUUUUCAUUGACUUCUGCACAACUUGACUUCUUUUUGCAACCAAAGGAGUCGCCCCCUGCUGGAUGUUAGAAAGAACGCAUGUUUAAGGAAUUUCUGCUUUGGGUUCACUUUUUAGACCUGGAGGCUACAUCCAUCUUUUAUAUACAAUCGAUGUCAUUGGUAUAGUUGAAUGAUAAACAUCAUUAGGAUUCAUUUGGAGCCAAUUUCUGGUCACUUGCUGAAUAUAACUGAAAAAAAGAGUCUUUCAUAAAUAAAUUCUGCUCCAUGUUUAUCUUUUAGUUGCAAACUUUCCACGCUAUCUAUUGCUGUAAAGCUAUGCAAACAGUAUAUUUUUAGAGCUUUACACUGCCUGCUGCUUUUGUAAACUAUAUUGGUGAUGAGAGCUGAAAGAGUAAGCAAACCAGAAGAAUCUAAACAAGCAGUUGAAAGAUGCUAAAUUGCCUCACAGAGCUGAGUGGAACUGCAAAGUCGAUUACAAUUCUACAGUUCUACAAUUUCAUUUAUCAGAUGCUUUUAUCCAAAGCGACGCACGUCUGAGAGCAGAAACGGCACAAGCAAGGAUCUAAUCAGGGGAAAACAACCUGGAUAAAGAGCCAGAAAGCAAGUUUAAGUGUGAUAAUAGGACCGUGGUGUCUACAGGCAGUGCUGACAUAGACUACAGACUACAUGUUCAUCAUUGUCUUUCACAAUGUGUUGCCAUUUGAUCCAGAAAUAAUAUAUUAAAAAUAUGAGACCUGCAAUGUCUGUUUUAGUCUUUUAGUUUCUGCAGCUUUAACGACGGCAUAACAAUAACUAAGCAACUGAACUUAGAAAAGACACAUUCAAAAAGAUGUGAUCACGGCCGAGUGGAUCGAUGAUGAGAGUUCAAAGUUUUGUGUGACUGAGAAUUCUGGGACAUUUGAGAUGGUUCAUUUAUUGCUGAUUCAAGUGUUUUAACGUCUGGAACAUCAGCUUGUAUGUGAAUAUUUUUAUAGGAAUGUUUCUCUGCAUAUAAAAUUUGAUUUGGAUGAA